AUGUCACUGAGCCUUGAUAAUUUAGGAGAUUAUUCGACUUCUCAAGUGAACAAAACAGGUUACUUCAUUUUGUCUUACAGAGGGAAAUCCUAAGCGCUUCAAAGCUACACACAGGACUUGCGAUAUCUUCGAAUACGUUGCGUCACAAGUCCGAGUUCAUUUUCAAGUUUCGUCAUUUUCGACAUCAGCAACGGAAAAGUCCACACUCUACAACAACAACAACCUCGAGUGAGUGAGCGGGAGUCUCACUUUUACCAUAAAACCCAAACAACACAAUCAACGCCCAACAUGGAGGACGUUACAAAAUCCGCCGAGUCUCUCAACAUUUCUAACGACAAUGACGCCUCUGAGUCGUCAGCUCCGGCCGUCAUCGGCCCAGCUCCGCCCCCGCCCGGCGCCGACCUCUCCGCCCUCUUUGGCAACCUUCCUCCCGGUGCGCUCGCCGCCAACGCCAAACCCAUGACGGUCCAAGAGACCUUCGAGGAGAUGAACAAGCACCCCCUCUUCAUGACCUCCCUGCCCUCCGACGAGGAUAACGAGGAGCUCGCUGCCCUGCAGGCGCUCGCGUACGAGGGCACCCCCCUUGAGAAUGCGCAGAACUUCAAGGAGCAAGGAAAUGAGUGCUUCAAGGCCAAGCAGUGGAAGGACGCAAAGGAGUUUUAUGGCAAGGGCAUCGCGGUGCUGGUAAAGGCCGACAGGGAGAGACGGGAUCCGGCCUUCAAGGCGAAAGUCGAAGAGGAGAAGCGGAAGCGGGAGGAGGAGGCGCGCAAGGCCCGGGAGGAGGGUGACGCCAAGGCCAAGAUGGAGGCGGAUCUGGAGAAUGUCAAGGCUGAGAUGCCUAUCGCGGAAGCAAAAGAAGAUAAAGAGGAAAAGAAGGAGGACGAGCUAAGCGAGGAGGAGACGAUCAAGCAAGAAGCCUCGCUGCUCGAAACCCUCUACUGCAACCGCGCCGCCUGCCAUUUGUCGCUCGCCAAUUACCGCUCCUGCACGCUCGACUGCGCCGCCGCGCUCCGUCUCAACCCAUCCAACCUCAAAGCCCUGUACCGCUCCGGCCGCGCUUUGUUGUCUGUCUCCAAGAUCGCCGAGGCCGACGACGCCUGCGCGCGCGGUCUCGAGAUCGACCCCUCCAACGCCGCCCUCAAGCAACUCGCCCGCGACCUGAUUGCCAAAAACGAGGAAAUCACCCGCAAGCAGCGGGCCGAGGAGGCGCGUCUGGAGAAAGAACGGCGCAAGAAGACGCUCAAGAAAGCGGCGCUCGAGGCACGCGGUAUCAAGACCCGCUCGACCGAUGACCCGCCUUCGAUGGAGGAUGCUUGCAUCCAGCUUGUGCCUGAUCCGCUUGACCCUCAGUCGGAGCUGAGUUUCCCCGUCAUGCUGCUGUACCCCUUGAAGCUGGAGAGUGAUUUUAUCAAGGAGUUCAGGGAGACCGAAAGUGUGGGCCAGCAUUUGGAGUAUAUCCUGCCGGACAUGCCGUGGGAUGAGGAGGGGGACUAUGAUAGACCCGACAAAGUGGAGUGUUACAUGGAGAGUGUCAGCGGCGGGCUGAUCAGGGUCCCGCAAAAGGCGAGCUUGUUGAGGGUGUUGAGUAGUGGGAAGACGGAGGUGGUGGAUGAGUUGGUUAGAAUAUUUGUGGUGCCGAAGGGGGAGAAAGCGGAGGGCUGGAUUAAGGAGUGGAAGGAGAAGAAGGCGGGAGAGAAGAAAUGAGUGAGUAAAAAUCGAUAAGGAUGAGAGGGAGGACGAGAAAAGAAUUUAUGAUACCCAAGGUAGCUGAGUGGGAGGAUGCAUAUGAUGCGGGGAGAAAAAAAAAAAAAACGGAGAGGAGGACUGGAUGGAUGGGCGGUUUACAUA